UCUCGAGAGUAGAGUAGGAGUGAAUUCUGUAAAGAGCUAACCGCGUAAGUAGGGUUAAAGUUUAGUUUUAGAUCGUCGCAAGCUAGUUUAAGUCACAUGUGUCUCAGAGAAUGUCACCGACAUCGCUUCAGAGUAUUUCGAGUGCGGACAAAAUCGGAUUCCUGCCCGAGCAUGGGCUAACGUCGAUCGGAUGUAUUUAAGGCCGGUGCAAUGCUGAGAGAAAUCGUAGCCAAAAUCGUGAUAGUUUUCUGGUUUGCAGCCAGUGUUGCAUGCUUGGAUACCCCGGAGUUCCAGAGGAACCUUCCAGCAAAGGUGAUUUGGGCCGUUUUAGGCAAGGAUGUGGAAUUACCAUGCGACGUAACCCCGCCAAUACCCAGCGAUAACGUUAAGAUGGUGUUUUGGUUCAAAGAUACAAAUGGAAUGCCCUUUAAUAGCUUAGAUGCCCGGGGCGGACCUCUCAGUGAAGCCUCUCAGCUGGUAAUGAGUGAUGACCUCGGAUCCCGCUCCUACUUCAUCAAAGAUGAGCAACCCUCCAAAGCCAGGCUCAGGAUACGUAAUGUUGCCAUACAUGAUGAGGGAGUCUUCAGAUGCAGGGUGGACUUCGAUAACUCACCAACCAGGAAUUUUCAAGUUAAUCUGACAUUAGUAGUGCAGCCAUCUGUCCCCAGAAUUUUUAAUGCCGAAGGAAACGAAAUUAAACGGAACAGCAGCGCGGGACCCUUUCUGGAGGGUGAUGAGCUUUUUUUAUCUUGCCAGGUUACAGGUGGUCGUCCACGUCCUUCCCUGACCUGGUGGCACAACGACACCCUUCUCGACGGCGUUAUUGACUCUUCUAAGACUUCUUUCACCACUGUAAACCAACUAACAAUUAGAAACGUUUCAAGAUCAUACCGAAAGUCUCAUCUUGAAUGUAGAGCAUCGACUUCAGCGAUCGCUGGCGAUGUCGUCCGUGUCGUCCCAGUCGUAGUUUUUUUGAAACCCAACAAGGUUAAAAUCGUCACUCCCAAUGAUUUGCUCUCGACACGUAAACCUCAAAAUGUUAAAUGCGAGUCUUCCGGAUCCUAUCCUCCAGCAAAAUUAACAUGGCUACUUGACGGUAAACCUAUUAGGAAUGCUGUUGUUACGGAAGAAGUGACGGAUUUGUUUACGGGAAGCAUCAUUUCAUUAAACGUGGUGGCAGACAACGACGGCAAAGAUCUAGUAUGCCGAGCGAACAAUCCGCGAUUUCCCGGGGGUUCUCUCGAAGACAGACGACAGAUACAUGUUGCUUAUCCUCCCAAAGUGUCGGUGAAGUUGGACUCAGGGGUAAAUUUUCCCGUUAAGGAGGGAACAGACGUUACCCUUCGUUGCGAUUCUUUGGCACGACCUAGUCCCUAUGAUUAUAGGUGGUAUCACGAUGGACACCUCGUUGCGCUUAAUGAAAGCGGGGGAGUUUUGCCCAUCGACCACAUCUUGACACUCAAGUCUGUUCAAAAGAGGUCUCAGGGUCAAUACGUGUGUUAUGCCACAAACACUGAAGGUGAAUCGUAUAGCUCUCCUUUUGACUUAAUCAUAAAAUACGCUCCUCGUUGCAAAAAGGGUUACGAAGUAAUGAGGGUCGGAAUCGUCAGAUACGAGCCGCUUGUCGUUCAAUGUUACGUGGACUCUAUUCCCGAAGAUGUUCGUUUUUCCUGGACUUAUAACACCAGUAAGGGCGUCUUUCCCGUUCUCGGAGCAAAGAUGCAUAAUAAUGGGGGCGUUUCCAUCCUGCAUUUUUCUCCUUCGACAGAAGACAUCGACUCGUUUUCUUGUUGGGCUACUAACGACGUGGGCAAGCAGGUAAAACCCUGCUUGUUCUACAUCAUUCCUGCAGAGACGCCGGAAUCCCCUCGACAUUGCACCCUCCGGAACGCCUCUCACGGCGGACUGGAGGUCGCCUGCGUGGCGGGCGACGACGGCGGGCUCCACCAGAGUUUCAUCCUGGAAGUGAACGACGUCACCAUUCCCUCGCCACCGCCCGGCGUCACAACACUGAGCGACCAGGGAGAAGCCAAGUUACUCUAUCGGACACUGGGGGACCAGCCCACGUUCCGAUUGCAUAGUCUUCAUCCUGGAAGGGAGUACCAGAUCAUGGUCUACGCGGAGAACGCCAAAGGCAGGAGCGAACCGCCUGUUCUCCUGCCGAGUGUCAGAGUAGAGGCCGAAAUCCCGGCUGAUACACUUCAUGAGACCGACACAACAACAAGACCGGGGUCUGAAGGAUAUCCCUCGUCUAGGCAGAAUUUAACCGUAAUAUUAGUGGCGCUGACCGCAGCUGCAGUGCUUCUCAUUGUGGGUAUUGUAGCAUCGGCCGUUGUUAUCGCUUGUAGGAAGACUCCCGUGGUUGUACGCAGACAGACAACCAGGAGGAAGUCUUCGGAUGAUUUGGAGUUGUCCGAAGCCGGGUUUAGCGAAGGCUUCCAAAGACGGAGUGCCCAAUAUAGGGCCAGUAUGUAUGGUCUACAAGAGACUGAAGAUAGAAUAUCGAGACUUAUCGAAGGACCUGACUUAAUUCUAGCUCCUGUUGGUUUUUCGCAGCAAAAUUCCGAGUAUUAACAGGAAGCAGAAGAAGAAAAAACGUCAUUCAAUCGACUUGGAUACCCCAUUCCAGACUCCUGUUGUAUAUAAUUUUUAAUAUAGAUAAAAAUUUCACUGAAACGGAACUGAAAAUUUAGUUUAGUUUUAUUUUAGUAAAAUUUCGACAGGAACAAAGUACAAGUUUUGUAACAGAUUUUUUUUCUCAAACACAAGCAGUAUUAUAAAAAUUAUAUUUUAUAUCUGAAUAACAUAAAAUGGUCUAUAGUUUUUCAAAAUAGUUUUUCUAUUUAUAACAGAAUUUUUAUUUGCGUAUAACAAUGUUUGAUUGUUCUUAAUGUACCUAUAACAGGCUAAUUAUUAUUGUAAAUAUAUAUUUAUCAAGACGUAGUAUACGAAGAGUGAUAAUUCAUAAUUGACUGCUUUUUACUCAAUUGUAAAUAUAAAUAUAAAAAUUAUUUAUAGCUAGUGUGUGUACGUAAAAAAUAUAGUAUUAAAAUCAGUUAUCUCAGAAAAGUUUUUCAAAUGUAGGAUAAAGGAUUGUCAAGAAAUGUAUAUCCUCAGGUAUAUUUUUAGAAAUGUAUAUUUUUAGGCAGUAAUUUUAAUAAAAAAAAUAAAACAAUG